UAAUCAUCUGAGGGGAUAUAAACUGCACAAUGCUUCACCACUUCUUAGUUCAUGCAGCUUUUCAGACCAGCAGAUGGCUUCCAAGAGAACAAAGGUUGAAAUUUCAGAUUGUUCUUUUCGUCUUUGUGGUUCUUUUCCUGGCACCACAGUUUUAUAUUUUGUCAAGGCCAAAAUCUUCUCGCUACUGUGAAAAGCCACUGCUGAACAAUCUUAUAGUCUUCAUUGUGUUCUCUUUUAUAGCAACAGGUUUGGCUGUAGCGCUUACACUCACAGACCCAGUUCCCAAGAGCAUCAGGGUAGCUUUUCACUCAUUUGGGCUGUUCGCAUUUAUACAGGGACUCUGUACAUUCAUUCUUACCCUCACUGCACCUCAGUGUGCGAACACCACCACAGAAUUGUAUAUAUUUUCUUUGGUAGUGUCUUGGGCCUGCAUACUCUCAACAGUUUUCUUUCUGGUCAGAGGAGGUAUUUGCCUGAUCCACAGACUGUUUCCUCAUUGGUUAAGAGAUACAUCCCUCUGGGGUUGAAAAUGAUCUACUGCUGCUGUACAGCCCUCCACUGACACUCAA